CUUUUCCCUAAUUGCCGCAGAGACGAGAAAAAAACCUACCCUCGAUUCGACUUCGGCGAUAAGGGUUUCCAUCUUCAUCGAGUGUCAACGCCGCCCGGUCGCGGGCCCAGUCGUCGAUCGGGACGCCACCAAAAUCGUCGCCGCGGUAUGAGUCGUUGCGAUCUUGGAUCCCGAUUUUGCAGAAUGUGACGUGGCUAUUCGGUCCGUCAGUCUUUGAGUUUGUCUGCUGUGUUAAUCGGAAGUUAUGGAUUCUACAUCUGGGAACGGGAGUCGUGAAGACGUUGUUUCUGUGGAUAUGAAUGUUGAUCUUGCUCAUACGGAGUUGGGCAACGGAGCUGGUGAAGUUGAUGCGGGGAAGGUCUCAUCUAUAAUCCGUCAGUUGGAGUCUAGAUUGGCAGUAGGCCAAGUGGUGGCUGAUAUAGAAGAGGCGUAUUCGUUGUACAAAACUUAUGCAUUGGCUAAAGGUUUUAGUGUGAGGAAAUCAAAGAAUCGGUACUUUGAGAAGACGCAAGAAGUCCGGCUGAAGGUCUUCUUGUGCAACAAAGAAGGGGAGAAGCAUAGUAAACCUAAGAAAGGGAACCGUGUGAAGUCAGAUUUUAAAACAGGGUGUAAAGCUAGGCUUGAAAUUUCGCGAGAGAGGAAUAGUGAGUGGAAGGUGAAGCAAUUUCACGUUGAUCACAACCAUGAAUUGGCCCUUCCCGAUGAGACUCACUUGUUAAAAUCAGCUCGCGAUAUGACAGUGGGUGUUGUUGGAGUCUUGGAGAACAUGUUCAGUUUUGGAAAAGGCUCCUCUGAUGCAUUGAGUUAUGUAGAAGAAGAGUGUGGUGAAGAAGAUAGUAGGGGUUUAAAUGUCAAGGAUGCAUAUAACCUGAUAAAUGUUAUAAAGAGAUCAAAGAUUGACAGUACGGAUUGUAGAGGAUUGUUUCAGCAUUUCCAGAAUAGGGCUAGCCAGAAUGAUUGUUUCUUUUGGGAUGCAGAAUUCAAUGAACUUGGUUUGAUGAAGAAUUUUUUUUGGAGGGAUAAUAGAUGUGGUGUUGAUUAUGACUAUUUUGGCGAUGUAGUUUCUUUUGAUGCCACCUACAGAAUCAACAAAUAUAACUUGAUUUGUGCGCCAUUUGUUGGGAUCAACCAUCAUGGGCAAAAUGUGAUGUUUGGGUGUGCCUUUCUGUCGGAUGAAACUGUUAUGACGUUUGAGUGGUUGUUCAAGACUUUCGCAAGAGCUAUGGGAAAUAAGCAUCCCCAAACAAUCUUCACAAAUCCCUGCCAAACUAUGUCAAUGGCCAUCGAGAAUGCGUUUCCCAAUACAUGCCAUCGAUUUUGCCAAUGGCAUAUAAAAAAGGACGCACCCUCCCAUCUUGGAAGCCUUAACAACAAUGCAAAGUUUAAAAGUUUGUUCAAGAAAUGCUUGGAUGGUUGUGAAUCAGAAGCAGAUUUCGAGGCAACUUGGAACGAAAUGAUCAGCAAUCAUGGUUGCCAUAACAACAAGUGGUUGAAUGAUAUGUAUGAAGUACGCCAAAAAUGGUCCACUGCUUACUAUGGCAAUGAGUUCAAUGCUGGGCUUAAGUCUACCUGUCGUAGCGAAAGUGGAAAUCAUGUCUUGAAAGAGAUUAGUGAUAAGGCCACUUCUUUGUACAACUUUGUGAUUGCUUUCGAGGAACUUGUGGCACGUUGGCGUGCAAAAGAGAAAAAUGAGGAUUUCAAUUGCAAACAAGGGAAGCUCACGCGUGUUGUAAAGCAUAGCCCAUUGCUGAACCAUGCUGGGAAUGUUUACACGAAUGCAUUUUACAAGAAAUUUGAACAAGAGCUAAUGAAUGGCACGAUGGCCAACUCAAGGGUGAGUAAAUUUUCAUGUGGCGGCACGUCAUAUAUGUAUGAAGUGAUUUCUCAUGAAACCGAACAAGUUAGAAGUUUGGUUUUUGAUACAGCUACCAUGGAUGUGAAAUGCAGUUGCAAAAAAUUUGAGGCUACCGGCAUCCUUUGUUCGCAUGCUUUGUUAGUGUUCACAACUGAAAAUGUGCAUAAAAUUCCCGAGAGAUAUAUUGUUAGUCGGUGGACCACGAAUGUGAAGAAUAAGAUAGAGCACAGCGAUCCGCGGACUGGAAAUGAUUCCGAGGUGGUUUAUUCCAAUCAGAUCAUGAGAUUCACUCAUGAUUUAAUCAUGAGAAGUAAGUCGCAUUUGGAGACGAGGGAAAUUCUGGCAAGAUGCUUAGAGGAUGCAGCUUCCAAAAUAGACAGCUUUUUUGUUAGACUGAACUCAGAAACUAAUUCAUCUAGACACACAGGAAUGAAUAAUGCAGUAAGCAUCAUGGAAGCUAUCGGAAUAAAUAGCGACACAGGUGGUGUCGAUGCUCCCGUUGAGUCAAGAAGGGUUUCAAAUGCAGCGCUGAGCCUGUGUGAGAUAAGUAACAAAAGAAAGCCUCCACAGACCGGCGAAUCUUCGGUUUACAAUGCAGGGAAAUUGAAAAAGAAUCCUCGAGAUAAAUUUCAACCUUGCCCGCCGCAAAUGUCAAAUCCCGGUCUUUCACAGUCAGUUAUGCCCAGAGCUUGUGAACAACCUACCUAUCCAACGCAGGCAACGCCGAUAAUGCUUCAUUCGAUUCAUACAGAAAUCAAUGCCCCGUCACAAAUGUUUUAUGCAUUGCCCACCGGGAAUAAUGGCAUGCAUGCCCAGGGGGCGACGAGGGAUUCUUGAACACCUGGGAGUUUGCUGUACGCCAUUUCAAUAUAAGCCGUUCAAUGAAAUGCUCAUUUCUUUUCAAGUGAAGAGCAUAUUUGAAUACUUUUAGGCUGUCUGUCCUCAGUCACUUUGGAAAGGACUCGCUGUAAAUUUUAUGAUUGUCAAGAGUAAGAUUGUCGAUCAAUACUGGUAGCCCUUUUAUGCUCUUUUUUUUUUUUUGGUUGGCAAUUCAAGACUCCUUUGCCAUUUGAAUUUGUGUAGCUCUCAACUUGCCAUGCCUUCACCUGUCGUUGUGUUGUCCGUGUACUGUGCUGUGUUAUUAAAAUGAACUCAGAACUACUUCCUACAUGCUCGAAACCCCUGCUGGUCUUGUUAUUUACAUUUGCCUGUGCUGUGUUUUUCGCUGGUUGGGUAUGUAUGAAUUUAUACAAGUCGAUGAUAUUUCAGCAUCGAUCAUCUUCUCUUA